AAAUUAUGACUGAAAAAAUAACUUAUGCAUGCAGAAAUCUUCUAAUUAGAUUUAAUACAAUUCAUCCCCAAUGGAAAGUGCCAAAAAGGAGCCGUUAAGCCCAUUACGGAGAUACGUUGCCCUCUCGCUGCAUUAAAAAACUUGUAUUUUCUUUCACAAGUUUUGCUCUACUUAAUUAAUUUAGUCUGUCCUAACUCAUUGCAGAUCUCUUAUUUUUAACAUCUCAAUAGCACCAUGAUACUUGAAUCUCAAUUUAGUUGAGCUUCUUAUUGACCUUUCUAUAAGUAUUGAUAUCUUAUUUUGUAGCCGUUGAUAAAAUUGAUACCAUUGAAAACAUGUACAAGCAGGUUGACGUCUCUUCAUUCAUAAAUCAUACCAAUAAAGUUUUUUCAUAAUUCGAUUAGUCUGGUUUUUAUGCCUAGUAAGUUGAAUAAUUUACGAGCUGUUUGAGUUGUUCAAGUUAUCAUGUAAUUACGGUUUGAACCAACACUGAACUAACUCCAUUUCUCAAGCCAAAUUUUAACUUCAAUAUUAUUUUUGUGCUAUUCAUAUUUUAAAAAGACAGAUUUGUAUUCGGUUUUAUCUUUUUAUCAAAAUGAAAGUUUCGAGUUUGUCAAAAGCUGCAGCACCAGCGUUGUCAUGGUGCAGUAAAUUCACACGUCUUAAUAUCCCCACUUUGUCUUCCAAAGAAGUUACUCUCAGCAAUAUAUACCUGAGGGACAACUCACAGUCCACAGGCAGUCUGAACCCUACAAGUCAACAACGUCUGCACCUCAUAAAGGACAUUGACCUUCAAGUGCAUCCGGUGGACGUCAGACUGACAGACGACGCAAGUGGAUUCAAGGUCAUUUGGUCGGACAGCGACGAGAGUUCAUAUGGGUUCGACUGGAUUCGAGAGAAUGUCCUCAAAACUGAAUUGAGAUCCAACAUAAGGAAGGAACCCUGGUCGACCCGAGAAAUGAGCAGAGAGAAAGUAUCCUUAGAUUACAAAGAUGUUCUAAGCAACACCGAAGCUCUAAGGAAAUGUUACGAGACCAUUUGGAAGUACGGCUUGUGUAUCCUCAGGGGUUCACCAUUGGAGCCCAGAGGGGUUGUGGAUGUCUCCAGACUCAUCGGGGACAUCAAGAGUUCACGGGAGUACGCGGAGGCAGACAGCAGUGGAGAGAGAUACUUCGAACUGAACAGCAGGGAAGACAAAGCACACUUCGAUCUGGGAUACUCCGAUAAACCACUGGGCAUGCACACAGACAACUCGGACUUGGAGUUGCCGGCAGGUGUGAUCAGUCUGCAGGUGGUCAAACAGGCAGAGAGGGGAGGGGACUCUGUGUUCGCAGACUGCAUCAAGGCCGCAGAUAUCCUCAGAGCAGAAGACCCCACAGCUUUUCACAUUCUGACGACGUGGCCAGUGGUUAACCGAUUUCAUGGCUCAGUGGGGAUAUCGCCUGUGAUCGAACUGCACUCAACUAGCUCUGCUUCAAUUUUAACUGGCCACACAGAUGUGAAGAGGGUGAAGUUCUGUGAGUUGAGUCGGUCGCCCUGGCAGCCUAUGAUCCCUCAGACAGACAUGCCACAAUGGUACAGGGCACUCAAGAAGUUUGGCCUCUUGGUCAACUCAGAUAGAAUGGUUUUCCAGACACUUCUGGAGCCCAGCAAUAUAGUGCUGUUCGACAACUGGCGACUAGUGCAUGCCAGAAGAGCUUUCUUCGGGGAGAGAACUAUGAUAGGCUGCUACAUUACACACGAGGACUUCAUCUACAAGGGCAGACUCAUAGGCGCAUUCUAGUCACAGCUGCAGCAUC